AUGGAUUUAGAUGACAGUUCCACUACUUUGGGUUGGGAAGACAGACUUCGAAUAGCAAUAGACGCUGCACAAGGAUUGGAGUAUCUGCAUUAUGGUGGUAAGCCACCUAUAAUUCACAAGGAUGUGAAAUCAGCAAACAUCUUGCUGACUGAAAACUUCCAAGCCAAAGUAUCUGAUUUUUCAAACUUCAAUCCAACGUUGUACUACCUAACAAGCAGGUUAAAUGAGAAAAGUGAUGUUUAUAGCUUUGGGAUUGUGCUGUUAGAAAUUAUCACAAACCGACCUGUUAUAUCAGGAACUGUAGAGAGAAUUCACAUUAGUCAAUGGGUUGCUUCCAUGCUUGCGCAAGGAGACAUUUACAAUAUUGUUGAUCCAAGAUAA